AUGUUGCGUGCAGUCUCGGGCAGGGCCGGCGUCGCCACCGCCUGCCUGCCAAGGUCGGCUAGAGGACCUGCUGCUACCCCAGCCGUGGCCGCAACAGUGGCAUCAUGGUCCAUGGCACCUGCUGCAUGCCGCGCCCGCAUCCAGACCCGAACCCCGCAGCACCAGCUUCUUCAGCAGCGUCUUGACCAAACCCUGGGCUCCCGAUCCUUCAUCUCUUCACUUCACACGACGACGACAACCAUGGCCGCCGCCACCCGCACCGAGACGGACGCCUUUGGCGAGGUCGAGGUCCCGGCCGACCGUUACUGGGGCGCCCAGACGGAGCGGUCGCUCGAGAACUUCCGCAUCAACCAGCCCCAGGACCGCAUGCCGCCGCCCAUCGUCCGCGCUUUCGGCAUCCUCAAGGGCGCCGCCGCCACCGUCAACAUGCGCUACGGUCUUGAUCCCAAGAUCGGCCAAGCCAUCCAGCAGGCGGCCAAGGAGGUCGCCGACGGCAAGCUCCUCGACCACUUCCCCCUCGUCGUCUGGCAGACGGGAUCCGGCACCCAGUCCAACAUGAACGCCAACGAGGUCAUCUCCAACCGCGCCAUCGAGCUCCUCGGCGGCCGCAUGGGCAGCAAGUCGCCCGUCCACCCCAACGACCACGUCAACCGCAGCGCCUCCUCCAACGACACCUUCCCCACCGUCAUGCACAUCGCUGCCGUCCUCGAGCUCGAGAACGACCUGCUGCCCGCCCUGCGCAGCCUGCGAGCCGCCCUCCAGGCCAAGGUCGACGACUUCGACGCCAAGAAGAUCAUCAAGAUUGGCCGCACCCACCUGCAGGAUGCCACCCCCCUCACCCUCGCCCAGGAGUUCUCCGGCUACGUUGCCCAGCUCGACUUUGGCAUCGGCCGCAUCGAGGGCUCCCUGCCCGACCUGCGCCUCCUCGCCCAGGGCGGCACCGCCGUCGGCACCGGCAUCAACACCUUUGAGGGCUUCGCCGAGGCCAUCGCCGAGGAGGUCACCAACAUGACCGGCACCCUCUUCAAGACGGCGCCCAACAAGUUUGAGGCUCUCGCCGCCCACGACGCCGUCGUCCAGGCCCACGGCAGCCUCAACACCCUCGCCACCUCGCUGACCAAGAUUGCCCAGGACAUCCGGUACCUCGGCAGCGGUCCCCGCUGCGGCCUCGGCGAGCUCGUCCUGCCCGAGAACGAACCCGGCAGCAGCAUCAUGCCCGGCAAGGUCAACCCGACGCAGUGCGAGGCCCUCACUAUGGUCUGCGCCCAGGUCAUGGGCAACAACGUGGCGACGACCAUCGGCGGCAUGAAUGGCCAGUUUGAGCUCAACGUCUACAAGCCGCUCAUCAUCCGCAACCUGCUCCACAGCUCGCGCCUGCUGGCCGACGGCAUGCGCUCCUUCGAGAAGAACCUGGUGGCCGGCCUCCAGGCCAACGAGGAAAAGAUUGCGAGCAUCAUGAAGGAGUCGUGCGUGAUCCCCCGACCCCACGACGUGAGCGCGAGCGCGAGCGCUAACCCUUCCAACAGCCUCAUGCUGGUGACCUGCCUGAACCCUAAGAUUGGCUACGACAUGGCCAGCAAGGUUGCCAAGAACGCACACAAGAAGGGCCUGACGCUCAAGGAGAGCGCCCUCGAGCUCAAUGCUCUGACCGAGCAAGAGUUCGACACGCUCGUCAAGCCGGAGCUGAUGGUCGGCCCCAGCCCGUACAAGCAGCAGUAG